AUGCUUGCAGCUAAAACCAGCAGAUCCGAGACUUCUAAGCUCCAGAGAAACCGAUAUUAACAGCACCGUGACUCCAGCAAUGGCACCUACAAUCGCUGCAGCUAUGGGAUACUCACAGGGACACGUGACAAUGACCAACAAAUUGAGAAAACCGGUGGUUGAAAAGAUGCGCAGAGAUCGUAUCAACAGCAGCAUCGAGCAGCUCAAGACGUUACUGGGAAAAGAAUUCGUGAAGCAGCAGCCCGAUUCCAAACUGGAGAAAGCGGACAUCCUGGAAAUGACCGUCUGCUACCUGAGACAGAGCGCCUCCCCCCGGCCAGCGACGGGAAACGAAGGCUACUCCAGGUGUGUGCAAGAAAUCGUGCACUUCCUUUCCCGGGAUGAAAUGAAGACAGAAACCCAGAGAAAACUACUGAACCAUUUCCAAGCUGCGCAGAAUUCUCCAGUGCAUCAGAGCCCCGUCAAAGAGGCGACCCCGGUGAAGAGUGCCCUCUGGCGGCCCUGGUAGAUCACAACGGACACCGUCACUUUGAACAUACAGAAUUCAACAUGCCUGUCUAUGAUGGACAUAUCCAGUAAUUCUCAUUGUGUAGGGGGUGUUUUCCUUCCUGUUUUGCUUGUGCAGAAGAUUUGAAUGCUACUUUCAUUGAUUGAAAGGAAACACAAUAGUUACCCAGUGUUGGGGCAAUAUUGUGUGCGAUAGGAUUUGAUCAUUCUUGUUAUACAAGGAGUGUGUAUGCAGCGAUGACGCUAUUGAGUUAAAAGUCAUUUCUGUUCCUAGAAAUAUUAUGAUAAUUAAAACAUGGGUUUUAUGUCCUCUGUGAAGGCACUAUAUCCUGAAUAGUAUCUUGUCUCGUAAGAAUUGUAUGUGCAUAGCUAAUGCUAAUGAUUUUUGAAUUGUUUAAAAGUUAUUUUUCUUUGUAGAGGAAUUAUUUUAAAUAGUAUUGGUAUUGAUGCCUCUUGUGAAGGCAAUAUAUCUGUAAUUGUAUAUAAUUACACAGGAAGUGUGUAUGCAUUGCUGAAACUGUUUGGUAUUUCUUUAUAAAGUAACACUGAAAUAUUUCAAACAGUAUUUAUAUAACGACCUGUUCUGAAGGUGGCAUCUCUUUAGUGUAUCUUGUUACACAAGAAAUCUGUAUUAUUGAUGAAAAAUAAUAUUCCCAAAAUUUGAACUUGAUCUUUCAUUGUAAAGAAAUACUAAGAAACUUAUAGUUAUGUGUGUGUCUUCUGAGAAGGCAAUAUCCUCUUAUUGUAUCUUGUUAGACAAGAAGCGUGUGUGCUUUGAUGAAAAGCAUUUUAAAGAGUGACUGUCUCAAAAUGUAUCUGUAAAAAAACACUGAAGGAAGUGUUUUAUAUACUGUAUAAUGUGUAUUUUAUAUACUGUAUAUUGUGUAUCUGUGCCUUUGAUAAAGGCAGUAUCUCAAAGAGUAGCUCAUGCUGAGCGAAUCUUAUAUGAAAUAUGUUGUCUUGAAGUUUCCUUCAAGGUGUGGUAGUGAUUUUGUAAAUCAGAGUGCAGGGUAUCUGUAGAAAUGGACUGUUCGAGUAGCCUGUAUGAAGGCAUUAUCAAUGCAGUGUAUUGGCAGAACUGUCUGAUGAAUCCAGCAUUGAAAUCUGUGAAUGACACGUGUCUCAUAUGUGAAUCAAAUAAAACAACUGAACUAUA